AUGGUCACGAACACCUUAGUAAUCACGUCUGAUUUGGUCAAUGCUGGUGAAAAUGCAGCUCUAGAGCUACUUCGUGAAUUUUUGGAAGAUACAGUUCUAACACGAUUUCAUAUUACACAAAAGCUUCCAUUGCAGCUAGUUGCUCUUCCGGCCUUGCAGAGAGCGAUAAUCGUGUGCCCGACCCAUGAGAUAGCUCAAUCUAUCGCAGACAGAAAAGAAGAUUGGCCCCAGUUGGCACCGUACACUUUCCGAUUUUCUAUGAUCGAUGCGACGUCUGGAGACUCUCCAAGAUAUUUGGAGCUACCGAAACACAAAGCGCUUUUCCUGGUGUCUCCACCGACGUCGCCUCCACCAGAAUUCGACUACUCUCGGCUAGAGGAGUCACCCAACCGCCACAAGGGGUUAUGGCCCGUGAGCUGCGCACGCGACAUCAAAACAGACCCCGAGCACUGCCAGAAAGAAGAGCGCCACCACGUCCUGCUAAAGCAUCCAAACGCCUCCAUAACACUCGACAGCGUCCCCUCCGCCCAAAUGGACUACACGGUUUCCGUGGGAAGUGACAGUGAUCAAUUCCCCACUAUUGAUCGUUUUCGGACGGCUGUUCCUCCCAGAUCGGUCUUCGACGACAUAGAGUGA